UGCUGGUCUGCAUUGCUACAAAUUGUAUUAGGUGUGGUUGUGAGCGUUUGUGCCGAAUAUAUAUCGUUCUUAGUAGUGCGUUUCCUUUACGGUGUGUUUGGUUCUGCUGGAAGUUAUAUCACCGGAUUCGUGUUGACCAUGGAAUUGGUCGGUGCUAGUAAACGUACAGUGUGUGGUAUUGCAUUUCAAGCUGCUUUCGCUGGCGGAGUAAUGUUGGUGGCUGCUUGGGGAGUAAUACAUGACCGUCAAAUCUUGCAAGUUGUAUACGGACUACAUGGAGUUCUUCUUAUCGUUCAUUGGUGGCUUAUGGACGAAUCUCCACGAUGGCUUUGGAUGCAGGGUCGUGCUCGCGAAGCAGUGUUAAUCGUACAAACAUUAGAAAUGAAUAAACGCGGCCUUUCACUUGACGUCUCCUAUUAUGUUUCUAAAGGAAAAGUUGUAAGUCAUGACGAUGGACCAUCAGCCGGAGUCAGUGACUUAUUCAAAACUCCAAAUUUGCGCAAAAAAACUCUAAACGUAUGUUUGUGCUGGUGCAAUUCGUUAGUAUAUUACGGAUUAUCCCUUAGCGCUGGUAAAUUAUAUGGCAAUCCUUUCCUCAUUUUGUUCAUAAUGGGCCUGGUUGAAUUUCCUAAUUAUAUUGCCACAGUAUUUCUCAUGGAUCGUCUAGGAAGACGUUCGCUUAUCAGUGGAUUCAUGAUAGCUGGUGGUAUCUGUUGUAUAGUGGCAGCAUACAUUGAACAAGGCUCAACGGCCGCGACCUCUAUCGUUAUGCUUGGAAAACUGUUUAUAGCAGGAUCCUUUGCAAUUAUAUACAUCUACUCUGCAGAACUUUUUCCCACGGUUGUACGAAAUUCAGCGCUCGGCUUAGGUUCCAUGUGCGCUCGUUUAUCUGGUGCCCUUACGCCAUUGAUCACACUAUUGGAUUCUUUCGAUCCGACCAUACCCGCUGUAAUAUUUGGUGUCAUUUCAUUGGUUUCUGGAUUGUUAUGUUUAAUAUUACCAGAAACGACAGGGCAACCAAUGCCACAAUCCCUUAACGAUGGAGAACGCUUCGGUGUCGGAGACACUUGCUUCACAACAUGCCUCGGUAAAAACAGGACUGAACCCGAACCAGAACCUCAGGCGGAACAAAUGUAUCCAAUGAACACUGUGGUGUCAUAGUACAAACUAAAGUGCUCUUAUAUUUCUAAUUUAACAUUUGCUCAUGAAAAACAAAAAUCACAUCGCUCAUAACAUUCACAAAUUGGACAUUUGUUCAAUUAUGAAGUACUAUACCAAUGCUCAUCGUUAUAUUGCGAUUAUAUUUAAUAUAGAUUUAAAUAUCAUGCUACAAAUUUUGUAAAUAAUAAAGUUAAGAAUGGACUUAAUGUCUGCAGGGACCAUUUUUAUACAUUGUGUGAUUAUAAAAUAAAUAUUAGUAUAAUGCUCCAUAG